UUAUUCACGUAGCACCGCCCGUGCACAUGUGUAAACAAGGAGUUGGGUGACUUGAAGAAGCGAUAGCGUUAUUACAACUAACGUGACCUCAUGUCACACUGUAUAUAAGAUUCAUAAACAGCAUAACAGCGCUUCAUAAACACAUCUGGAUCCAAAGAUGGCGGCCCCGCAGGCUCAACACGACAGUGACGAUGGCAUGGACGAGUUCAUGGACAAAUUCAAGACUGAGAGAUAUAAAAACGCCUUCAGUGAGAAAAACUGGGAGGAGGAGUUUGAUAACAUACCAAUGUUCAUGAAAAAAGCCCCUGAAGAGAUUGAUCCAAAGAAACACCCUGAGCUGGCUUGUCUGCAGGCCAUCAUCCACGAUGAAGAUAGACCCCCAGAAGAGCAGGCAAAGAGCCUUAAAGAUGAGGGAAAUGUGUUUUUCAAAGAGAAGGACUACAAGAAGGCCGUAGUUUGCUACACAGCGGGUUUGCAGAAGAAAUGUGGAGACCAGGACCUCGACACUGUCCUCCUCACCAACCGGGCGGCAGCACACUUCCACCUGGGUAACAUGCGCUCUGCGUUGAAUGAUGCUACGGCUGCAAAGAAGAUCAGACCGGACCACCUUAAAGCCUUGAUCAGGGGUGCUCAGAGUUGUAUAGAGCUGCGUAACUUUGCAGAGGCCAUCCAGUGGUGUGAUGAGGGGCUCAAGGCUCAUCCCACUGACAAGAAGCUGCAGGAGCUGAGAGCAGCCGCAGAUAAACACAAGAGAGCAGCAGACAGAGACGCCCGGAAGGCCAAGCUCAAAGAAAAAAAGCUGCAUGGUGAGAAAGAAGCUCUUCUGGCUGCGAUAAAGGAUCGAGGCAUCAAGCUCCUCCAGUCUGCGAAGCCUUGUCAGCGUGGUUCAGACAGCGAGGAUGAGGAUGAGGGCUCUUCAGCAGCGAUGUCACAGCUGAACCUGGACGGCCUCAGCUCCCAGGAGGCCACGGGGGCUCAGGUCUUCCUGGACGAGCAGGGCUCUCUGCACUGGCCUGUGCUCUUCCUCUAUCCUGAACACCAGCAGACUGACUUCAUCUCCGCGUUCUGUGAGAACAACUGUUUCAUAGACCACCUGGCGGUCAUGUUCGGAGAAGAACUUCCACCUUGGGACGUGGACAGAAAAUACCAUCCACAGAAUUUGCAGCUUUACUUUGAAGAUGAGGAGAAGGAGACACUCUACCAAGUUAACCCAGAGACGCCACUUUUAAAGGUGUUGCAGCAUAAAAGGUUUUUUGUCAAGGCAGGCACUCCCAGCUUCAUCGUUCUUGUAAAGGGAUCGCCUUUCUGGAAGCAGUUUUUAACAGGAAGGAAAAUACGAGGAUUGUGAAAACAUCGGCUGUAAAAUCUUUGGACGAAAUUCUCUUUUCAACCCCAGAGACUUCGCCCUUAAGAAAGAGACAGUGGAGAAUAUGAAAGACUCCCGUGGAUAAGAGCAGGACACAUUUGUAUCACUAUAAAUGAAUAUAAAACAAAUGAGAUCUCUAAAAGUAA